AGUUUAGGGCUGGGAGACGCCCUCCCGGCACCCAGGCCUGAGGUGGCGUAGAGACUACAAGUCCCAGGAGUCAUAGCGAGACAGCCUGGAGGGCGGGGGUUACGAAAGAGGAACCCUGAGGACGCCGGGUUCAUGGUUUCUGUGUCCUGUCUAAACAUCUUCGUCCAAGGACAGUCUCCUAUAUUUUCUUCUAGAAGGUUUAUAGAUUUCAGUUUUGCUUUUGGUUUCAUGAUCCAUCUCUAAGUGAUUUUCCAUGUGAUGUGGCUCUACAUUCAGUGUUUAUUCCAUGUCUGGGACCAGGGACUCCUGGCUGCUUAGCACCCCUGCUGUGACCUCUGGUCGCAGGGUGCCUGGAUCUGGAUGUCUGUGGCUCGUGUCCCAGAGGGCCAGACUCUGGGCUCCAGAGCAUGGCGCUCCGGCGUGCUGUCCUCCUGGCCGGCCUCCUGGCGGAAGUCACUGGCAAAUCUUCAGAGGGCACGGGCCAGCAGCCUGAAUGUUGUGUGGACAUGGAAGACAUCAACACUACCUGCCCAGGUACAAGCCUGUGUGGCCCAGGUCCCGAGUAUCUUUUCCUGGGCCUGCCAGGGAGUGACUGUCCUUACUCAUCGGUUGAGCCUGGGGAACCCAGGAAGCCAGGCCCUGCCAUCUGGUGUCACUGCAGAAGAUCUUCAUGUCACAGUGACCACUGUGUGUACAUUAAACAUUGUAUUGGCUGCUACCGGCACUGGAACGACGAUGGGAGCGUCAGCUGCAUCCGGUGCAGGAAUGGGACCAACAACGGCUCCGAGUGCCGAGGCCUCGCUGGCCGGGGCACCCAGCUCCCAGUGAACAGAAGCACAGCCAUGCCUGGGCGGCCAAAUUUUGGCGGCCACCAGGCGGCAGCUGCCCUCCUCCUGGGGACGUUCCUCAUCAGCUCCGGCCUCAUCCUCUCCGUGGCUGGGUUCUUCUACCUCAAGCGUGCCAGUAAGCUCCCCAAGGUCUUCUAUGGAAGAAACAAAGCCCCUGCCCUGCAGCCUGCUGAAACAGCUGCGAUGAUCCCCCCACCACAAUCCUCAGUGCGGAAGCCACGCUACGUCAGGCACGAGCGGACCUUGGACAGAGACGCGGGCCCUACUUCUGUCUCCUCGGUAGAGACUCGGGUCAGCAAUGUCUGACCUGAAGGCCCCCCUGCAACUCCUCACCCCACCUUGGAGGGGGCCCAGCACAAGAGGGCAGGCACUGCCCAGUGAGGCCUUGGGACAGGCCAGGACACGGUCCCUGGCUCAGCUUGGGAGCCCACCCAGCUGCCACACCACUUCCUCUUUCCCUGCCCACAGCUGCUUGGGGUCACUGAGCAGGAGCGGGCAUCCCCGGACAGGCUUACGGGGGCGGCCCUGCAAGGUCUGUGCCUCUCAGGAGGGACAGGGAGCUCCCAAGAGCCUGUGGGGUGGGGCCCGCCGAGGGCUGACAGCUGCACCACCAGGCCGAGUGGCCCCUGAGCACCCGGCUAGGAGGAGGGAGACUGAGGCCUUUGGGUGUCCCCGACAGUGGUGGAGCCUGUGGUGGUGCAGGCUUUCCAAGGAGAGGUGCCUGCAGGGCUGUCUUUCUGUGGCGGACAAAUCCCUGCCCAGACACCCAUUUCCAGGAGCCGCAGGAGUGGGUUUCCUGACUUCUGUCUGUUUUUAAGUAGAAAUGCAUUUUGUAGAAAAGCCCCAGAGGCACUGUUUUCAUCCACCCCCACCUGACCUGCCCCCAUGUGUGGGCCUCAGGCACUGCUGUCCUCAACCACGCAGAGAUGGACACUGGUCCGAAGCGGCUGGGGAUCAAGACCGGGCCCCCACAGGGACACCUGUGCCCAGGGCCACGCCUACCUGGGACUGCUGCGUGCAUGACUGGCCUCCCCAGCCUGCAGAGGACCGUGCUGGCUGGCCUUCCCUUCUGGCUGCACUAGGCCUCCAGACACGUUUCUGGCUCAGCUGGCUGAGGACCGCUGGGUUCCUGUGGCGUUGCCAGCCCCACCCUACACACAUGCCCUGGUCAUGACCGAAGCCUUCAAAGUUCGGUCCACCUGGAGGGGCCAAGGCAGACCUGCAGGUCACCCUCUUCAGCACCACGAGACCCAUCUUGAGUGUUUACAGUUUAAGGAUAUGAGCUCGUGCAUCAAAACUUGAACUAGAGACCGUCUAGCAGCCCAGAGGGCAUGCUGGCUUAAAAUCUGUCAAAUAAAUUAUUCAGGGCUUCCCCUCCUGCCCUCACCACU